AACCAACCACACCUUACAUUCCUGGUCCCUCCCUGAGUUUUAAAACUUUGAGUCCAUUCAAAGCGACUUGGAUUCUUGAUGGGUUACUUGUUCUAGCUAUUGUUCUUCAAUCCUUGAUUCGAACAAUUUCGAUUCGUCGAAGAAUCUUGAAUGUGUUGUUGUUAUUGCGAGUGUUUUCGUCCUUCUUCAAUCUUCUUUGUUUGGUUCGUUGGAAGUGCGUUAGGCUUUGGGAUGUUGGGUUCAGGUAUGAAUUUGAUCACUACUGUGAUCGGGUUUGGGAUGAGCGCGACGUUUAUUGUGUUUGUAUGCACCAGACUAAUCUGUGGAAGAAUCCGGGCAGUCGAGUCCAGACCAGCGUUCGAGCUGGGCUCCAUUACUGAUAUUGAGCAGUCGGACCAUAGGAUAAAUGGCCUCGAACCAGUUGUAGUUGCAGCAAUUCCUACAAUGAAGUUCAACGGCGAGGCUUUCCGUUCGGUUGAAGAUGCACAAUGUUCAAUAUGUUUAGGAGAAUACCAAGAAAAUGAGAUUCUGCGAAUCAUGCCAAAAUGUGGCCACAAUUUUCACCUCUCCUGCAUUGAUGUGUGGCUACAAAAGCAAUCAACCUGUCCAGUUUGCCGUGUCCCAUUAAAAGACUCUAUUGGAACAAAACAUGCAAGAGCACCAAUGUUUGGCACAGUCCUUCACUCCAUGGAUGGUCCAGAGAUCAUGAGUGAUCAAUGGCAGCUACCUGACAGCAUUCGUUCAGUGGGGAAUGGAAGUAACCAAGGCCGUCAAGAAUCUGUACCCAGAAACUCGGAAAGUACUACACCAGAAGAAACAGAAACAAGGAGAUAAAAGAAAACAAGGAAGAAAAAGGAUUCAAUUGGACUUUUUGCAGGAAGCAGAACAUACCUUUUGCUUCUUGUUAAAAGAUGCUCAUGUACAGAAAUAGACCAUAGCAAGAGAGAUCUUCUCGAGCCUGAUCUGUUGGUGAUUUGUAGGGUCAUAUGACAGAUCUGGGUAUUUUAGUGGAAAAUUUCCAUGUAGAACGUGUGCGUGUGGUUGAGAAUUGAGAUCUCUUACAGCUUAUGGUUGCUGUUAUUUCCAUUUCUUGACCUUCAGGAUUAUUUAAAAUUCUGACUGUGGUAUGUGGAUAAUACACUUGGUAUUUGUAUUUUGUACAAGACAUUCUUUUUAGAAUCAACCAAUUAUUUACAUAUUGUUU